AUGAAGAAUGAUCCUCAGGCAGACUUGGCCACCGCCAAGAAGAUGCAGAAGUAUGAGGAGUAUGUGCAACAGCAGAUGACUCAGCUGUUCGAGGAGAUUGAGCGGAGCAGGCACGCCACGCUCUUCUCCAUGUUCCAGCACCGGGCAUUUUGGACCAUUGCAGGAACCCUGGUCCUGCUUGCUGAGUUCUGCUGGUUGGCCAGGAAAAUGAAGAUUUCCCAUGGCAGUUGCAGUGAGCAGGAUGGCACCAGCAAUGAGGAGGAGGAGGAAGACCUCAAUAGUGCACACAACACUGUCAGAUCUCUGGCUGGAUCCACUCAAUCACCAAUGCAGGACUUGCCCAACACAUGCAAGCUGCUGAAGGAACUUGUGGAUGACCUCCUUCAUGUCUGCCGACUGCUUUGCAAGAGGACUAUCAUGCCGCAGAUGCACCCAGCCAUUGGGAUGGAUGGCUAUGAAGCCUGGAGCAUCCACGAGAACAGCAUCACCUACCGCCUGGUCGUGUUCCUGCAGCCACCCCGCGGGCACUCUUUCAGCCUGGAGCUGGACACCAUGGGGCAGCUGCCAGCGAGCCACGUCCGUGUGGUGCUGGAAUGCACGUGCACGAGGGACCAGCUGCUGGGGGACAUUUCGUGCUUUCUGCACCAGCCCAGUGACAAGCUGCCGAGGGAUCAGAGCUCGUACUUCCUACGCACCCUCUGCACAGGCUCCUAUUUAGACCUGGAGAAAAUCACCCUCUGGGGCCAAAUGUUGGUGAGAUCAGCCUGGAUGCUUUUGCCUCAGUCGCACCACUGCCGGCUAACGGUGCUGCCCUCCUCCCAGUCCUGCAAGUUCAAACUGACAAGCUCCUCCAAGAUGAACAUCUGCACGGAGCUAAUUUUUGCAGUGCAGCCAGGCAGUUGA